AUGGCUUCCGGGCACAACUCUGCAUUCUCCACCACCUCGACCCAGCACCGUGUUUUGGGCGAGGGCCGCUCCUCUCUCAGCCAGGAUGGCUCCUCCGCCGACGGGAGCUGGCACGAUGCCAUCUCACGAUCCGGGCGGAAUGAUCGGUCUGAGUCUGGGGGCAGUGCCACCAUGGCGCCCAGGGCGUCCUUGGCUCCGUCCUUUGGCGGGCCCGGCAGCUUCAGUGCCGAGCUGAAGAGCAUGAAUUCCAGGAGCGUCACCCCGCGACCCGAUGGCACGUACGCCGCCCGCAGAGCCAGCCGAUCGAUCGGCGAGGAAGACUUCCCCAACACCGAGGAGCGCCAGGCCGCCAUUCGAGACAAGAUCGCCAAGGAAAUGAAGAUCAAGACCGGGACCGAGAACAUGCUGGAGGCCCUGUUGGCAAAACCCCCGAAACAGACCAAGGAACAGAGGUUACGCGUCGAGUCCGAACUCAGCUCGUCCAACCGAAAACUGGCCGAGCUGCACCAGGAACUGGAGGAUGAAAUCUUACGUGCGCAGGCGCCGUCGUCCCCGCCUCCUCGCAGUCGCCUCUCGGGGAUCUUCCGCGGUAGUCCCAUGCGCUCGCCGUCGCGCAAUGACACUCGUGGUGGGCUGAUGGAUGAGGAUUUUGAGGAGGAUGGCGAAGGGGACAUGGAGUCGCCAACCUAUGUUCUGACGGAAACAUUACAAGCACUGGAAAUCGAAGGGAUGGCGCCCGAUUUCUACGUGGAACGCGCAAACAGUUUGGUCGAACUAUUCAAGCGGUACCCCUCGUUGAAAUAUGAUCUGGCAUGGCCGGUAUUCGGGCUGCGCGUCCAAGUCAUGCUGCUGAGCGACAGCAAGGAAGUGGUGGCCGCGGGAUACCGUUUGACUCGCUACGCCAUAGCGGACCGGAAAUCUUUGCAGACGAUCCGGUCACUGCACACCGAUGAGCUGGUCAUACUGUCUCUCGUCAAAGAAAGCAAAGCAAGUAUCGAAAGGGAACAGGCUUUAAAGUUUAUACGGGCGUUUUUGGAUGUCAAAGACGGUGUGAAAGAGGUUGAUCGCGCCAUCGUGCGAACGAUCGUCUCCGUCGCGGAGCACCACGAGGACCGACUUCGGAACAUAUCGAUCAUGACUUUGGCGGAGAUGUUGGUCAAAGAUCCCGAGUUGGUCGCUUCCGCUGGCGGGUUCUCCGCGCUGCACGAUGCUUUGGCCGAGGGGACCUUUGGUGCCUCUGAGAGUUUGAUCUCGAGUUUUCUGCACGUUCUUGAUACACCUCGGAGUCGAAAGUACUUGCAAGGCUGUGAGCUUGAAGCCGUCCUCGCACCCUUCACCGACUCCUUGUCCGACUCACUGCGCACUGGGCGGCUAAAGUCCGCCGCUCGAGCGAUAUCUGCAAUGCUGAAGACCUGGCCGGGUCUGGUGAUUCUUGCAAGGCACGAUUCCCAGCCAUUACGCUCCCUUCUCGACUCACUCCACUAUCCCGAUCCUCAGGCUCGCGACCUCAUCAUGGAGCUGUUGUUCGACGCUCUUCGAAUCAAGCCUCCUUCUUGGUCGUCCUCCUUUCUGGCUGGCAGAAGACUCACAACCUAUGGCAGAGUCUCAAAUCUCCGUUCAGACACGGAUCAAAAAUUCUCUCGCGGUUUCGCAGACACCAGGAGCGACAGAUUCGAUCUCACGGCACAUUUCUCGACUCUUAUAUUAGCGGCAUUAGUUGAGGCAGGGUUACCAAAGGCGCUUUCUGAUCUUAUUGAAGAUGAAACCGAUCCGUCACUCCGACGCAAGGCAACGUUGCUCUUGACCGAGGUACUCAAAUUAGCCCAUCAUUCUUUGCCUCAGACCAUCAGCGCGAAUUUGCAAGUGCUUGCACACUUGAUUCCAUCAGCAAUCAAUUUUGACACGGAAAACCAUGACGUCUCCACCUCAACCAUCUUCCAAAUUGACAGUAUUAACCGAACGAUGGCGCGCUCUGGUGGUUUUAACAGCGGGGCAAAUCGAUACAAUAUGGACGCCGAUCUAUCGGCGUCUUUGCUACCCGGUGACCAGGGCAAGGACAAAUUGGGCCCCGCUAUGGACGAACAACAAUUCCGCAAUGCCAUCCUGGAGACCCAUGUGCUUAACACUGUCAAUUACCUCAAGUGGAAAUGGGAUCUCAUCCAUCGCUUGGUUGAAGGGCCUCUUACCAACCCGAAGAGACUGGACGAGGCCAUUAAGGGUUCCAAGUUCAUGAAGCGUCUCAUUGGAUUCUACCGGCCUUUCAAGUACCGAUUUUCCAUGAUUCCAAACACCAAGCCAAACCAGCGUUACGUUCGGACUGGUUGUGCCCUCAUGCGCAUACUGGUCCAGGUUCCCGAGGGUUCCAAGUACCUGGCCGAAAAUAAGUUUCUGAGACAGGUCGCUGAAUGCCUGGCACAAGUAGACCGGAUGAGUGGUCUCACUUCCGCGUCACCCCUCUUCUCGCGAGAGCAAAUGACCAAUACCUUGAGUGGUGGCUACUUUGCGAUGCUGGGCGCUCUAAGCGCUGAACCCAACGGACUGAUCAUGAUGGAGAGAUGGCAUAUGCUGAACAUGUUUUACCACAUCAUCGAGCUACGGGACCGGAACGACUUGAUUCAGACGCUUUUGGGGAAUAUGGAUUACUGCCAGGAAAGCCAUCUUCGAGUCUUGCUGUCCAAGGCUCUCACUAUUGGCUCGAAGGAGAUUCGAAUCUUUGCAACUAAGCUCCUCCGAAAAUACGCCGUGGGGGAUACCGGUCUUCCCGCUAAUGCAGCCAUUAGCAAUGCGGAAUGGGUCAUCAAGCUGCUGGUGACUCAACUAUAUGACCCAGAUGUCACGGUCUGUCAGACUGCCGUCAAGGUCCUCGAGGAGGCAUGCAACCAGCGCGAUUACCUUGAGUUUGUGGUCAAGUGCAGGCCCUCACUUGAUCAUCUCGGAGAGAUUGGUGCGCCACUUCUUUUGCGGUUCCUGUCCACCUCAGUUGGAUAUCAUUACCUGGAUGGCCUGGACUACAUCACCCAAGAAAUGGACGACUGGUUCCUUGGUCGAAACGAUUCCUACGUUGGGCUGGUGGAGGCUGCUCUCUCCCGAGCUUAUGUCGACCAGCCACGACGCAGCAGCUAUGCGCCCGAGGAUCUAGUCGAUCUCCGAGACAUUGGCCUGGUUCCACCGCAUUUCUACCGGGAGCUCGCUCGGACAGCCGAAGGGUGUAAGUUGUUGGAACAGUCGGGCCAUUUCAAUGAGUUUGCUUGGACGAUCCGCGAUUUCCAGCUGAACGAGGAAGACACCGAGGCGCUGCUCAAAGUCAAGGGGUGUCUCUGGGCCAUUGGCAAUAUUGGUUCCAUGGAACUCGGCGCCCCGUUCCUGGAGUCGGAAAUCGUGCAGCGGAUCGUGCAGAUCGCAACGAGUGCCGGCGUCGUGACCAUGCGAGGUACUGCGUUUUUCGUGCUGGGACUCAUCUCCCGCAGUCGCCAUGGGCUGCAAGUGCUGCGAAAUCUGGGAUGGGACUCAGCCGUGGACCAGAAGGGAGACUCACUGGGUCUCUGUCUUCCCACUGAUUUCCGCAAACUGUUUCUGAUAUCCUUCCCCGGUUUCGACGCGGAAGCCAAUCGCACCCCGCGCGAGCAACUCAAAGGAGCCACCACGGACCCAGACUCAGUCAACCAGAAGAUCCUGAAGCUGAUCGUCGACAUGGGCAACACUGUCCUGUCGAAACGCUCGGCCGCAGACCUCCACAGCAUCAAGUCCAAACAGCCCGAACGAUUCCACCAAGUCCAUCUCUUCCGCAAAACCCUCUGCAUUCUGGAGAGUCACCAUUUCCGGCUCCCUGCCCGCCGCUUUGCCCUGGAUCUAUUCGAUAAAAGCGUGAUGCGGCGGAUUGUUUUUGAAGAAGAUUCAUCGUCCGACUCUGACUCCUCCAACUCCGACUCCUCGACUUAA